CUAUCUGUAGUUCGAGCAUAUAUUCUGUUUAAUUCAAUUUGAUGCAAAACAUAAAUAAAUAAAUGAUGACGAUGCAAGCUUUCUCCUGAUUUGGGUUGAAACAGUAUGAAAUUAAAGCUUCUACUGUAGCACAGCACUAAACAAGACUACUAAAUACCUAUCAACAGCUGACUCGCUCAGAGGAGGAGUAUGAGGAGCUAUAAGAAAGCUAUUUUUCUUCCAAGCCUGAACAUAAACAUCAGCCACCAUGGUUGAGUGGACCGAGCAGGAGCGUGCCAUUAUCACCAGCAUCUACUCCAACGUGGACUAUGAUGACAUCGGACCCAAGGCUCUCAGCAGGUGUCUGAUUGUUUACCCCUGGACUCAGAGGCACUUCGGCAGCUUCGGAAACCUCUACAAUGCUGAGGCCAUCAUGGGAAACCCCAACGUGGCAGCGCACGGCAUCAAGGUGCUGCACGGCCUGGACCGCGCUGUGAAGAACAUGGACAACAUCAAGGAGACUUACGCCGAGCUGAGCAUCCUGCAUUCCGAGAAGCUGCACGUCGACCCCGACAAUUUCAGGUUGCUGGCUGACUGCAUCACCAUCGUUGUGGCUGCCAAAAUGGGAAGCGCUUUCACUCCGGAGACGCAGGCUGCCUUUCAGAAGUUCCUGGCAGUGGUGGUGUCCGCCCUGGGAAAGCAGUACCACUAAACCAGCAGCUUCCACUGGUAACCAUUAAGGAGAUCUGUCCACAUGUCUUCUAUAUAUAGAAAUAAAGUCUCACUGAAGGAAAA